AUGUCAAACAAUAAAGACGUAUUUCUCGAAACCGAGAAAUACUCUUCAAGCGCCUCUCAUAUCGAGAUGGAGCACAUUUCAACGAAGGAUGUUUACGAAGAUCCAACCCAGGCCAAGUUCGAUCUCGAGAACGAUAUUGGCAAUAAGACUUCUGAUCUGUUGAACAAAAGUUUCAACAUGCAGGAAGAAGUAGCCGCCUUGGAUCAAUUGGGCUCUUCUUACAAAAAGAAGCAAUCUUUUUGGGGAAAAUUGAAAUCGGUAGAAUUCGAAGUCGAUUUUGAAAACAAGAAUCGUAUGGUUAUCAUGUUGGGUGCCUUUGCUGCUUUCGCAGGUAUCCUUUCUGGUAUUGACCAAUCUAUUAUUUCUGGUGCAUCCAUUGGUAUGAACAAGAUGCUUCACUUGACGAAGCAUCAAGCAUCGUUGGUCUCUUCGUUGAUGCCCUGGGUGCUGGUUGGUGGGUCCAUUCUAUUGACUCCUCUUAGUGAAACUUUUGGUCGUAAGAAGGCGUUGGUCAUGUCCUGUAUCUUCUACACUGUUGGAGCAAUUGUCUGUGCUGCCGCUGGUAAUCACCAUGAAAUGUAUGCCGGUAGAUUCUUAAUCGGUGUUGGUGUUGGUAUUGAAGGUGGUGGUAUCGGUGUUUACAUUGCCGAGUCCGUGCCAUCUUCAGUCAGAGGUAGUCUGGUUUCCUUGUAUCAGUUUAACAUUGCUCUUGGUGAGCUUUUUGGUUACAUCGUCGGUGUUAUCUUUUUCGAUGUCAAAGGUGGGUGGAGAUACAUGGUUGGUUCUUCGCUAGUCUUCUCUACAAUCUUACUAAUUGGUCUUCUAUUUUUGCCUGAGUCACCUCGUUGGUUGAUGCACAAGGGUCGUGUUGGAGAAUCAUGGAACGUUUGGAAGAGAUUAAGAGAUGUAACAGAUGACAACAAUACUGUUGAAUUCUUAGAGUUGAGACAAGCAGCAGAAAAAGAUAGAGACCUACGCGCCAACGAAUCGAGAUUCCAAUCCUUGUUUGACUUAUUCCUCGUCCCUCGUAAUCGUCGUGCUUUAAUCUUCUCCAGUACCAUGAUCGGUUUGGGUCAAUUGACUGGUAUUAACGCUAUCAUGUACUACAUGUCCACACUGAUGCAACAAAUCGGUUUUGAUGACAAACAGUCAGUUGCUAUGUCAAUGGUUGGUGGUGCAGCUCUACUAUUGGGUACUAUUCCAGCCAUUCUAUGGAUGGAUAGAUUCGGUAGACGUACAUGGGCCAUGACUAUCGUUAUUUUCGCCGUUGGGCUGGUUCUUGUUGGUGUGGGUUACAGAAUUAACAUUAACACCAACUUAGCCGCUGCUGAAGGUGUCUAUCUAACCGGUUUGAUCCUAUACAAUAUCGCAUUCGGUUCCUACGCUGCUUUAACUUGGGUCCUACCAUCCGAAUCCUUCUCCCUAGGAACAAGAUCCAUCGGUAUGACUGUUGCUUCGGUUCUAUUAUACACUUUUGCAUUCACCGUGACUUACAACUUUGAGAAAAUGCAAGACGCGAUGACGUACACCGGUCUAACUCUAGGUUUCUACGGUGGUAUCGCUUUGGUUAUCGGUAUCCCAUACCAACUGCUAUGUAUGCCAGAAACCAAGAACAGAACGCUGGAAGAAAUUGAUGACAUUUUUGCCCAGCCAACAAGAGAGAUUAUCAAGACUAAUAUUGCUUACUUGAAAAAGGGUAAGUUGAGUUACUAG